CGCUUUCAGUCCCCCUCCCACCGUGUCUUGCAAUGGACGGGGAGAUCUUCCACUUCAGGAAAUGGACAAAUUGGAUCUUUUGGUACCAGAAUCGCUGUUUUGAAUUUCAGGACACGUGGCUUAACUAUUACUGGGACAAAGAUGACAUCGGCAAGCUUAUCCGUGGCAGCAUCAAUCUCAGCAGCGCCACAGCACAGAGAAUCGACUCGAAGACCCUGUGUUUGUUUAACGAUAAGGUGACGUACUACCUCAAGGCAGACAGUAUAAAGGACAUGGAGGACUUCAUCAGUAGACUGAUGGAGUUAAAUGUCUCUGUGACUGACAACUAGAGGAGCAGAUCCUUGCGCUGAGCAGUGUACUAAGUGCUUUGUUCAUUGGGAAAGUGAGGCUUGCAUUCCAAAGGCUGUUUUCACUCAGAACUGCUGAUUCCUCAAAGCAUGGAAAUGCCCAAAUGUUUGAAAUGGUUUGUUAUUGCAUAGCUGAGAAGCAAAAUUUACCCAUCUCCUGCUGCUUACUUGUAAGAUAGAAACGGGGGAACACCAGGUGUGUUGGGAAAUGGAGGAUGUGCAAUGCAGGAGAAGGAGCAGAAGUCUUCAGCUUAGAAAAUACAACAUUCUUUGCAAUGCUGAUGCGAGCAUUACCUUUGGAGAAGCUGCAUUUGGUAAUUACUGAUAAAUGGGAAUGAAUAUUGGCUUCAGCUCGCACAAUGCAUAGGCAUGGCAAAAUGCAAACUGGUUACCACUGGAUUCUGAAUGCUUUGUAAUGUUAUUUUCCACCUGCUUUUCUUAACUGACCAAGCCUUUCACGACUUAAUUUUACAGAUUUACAUAUUUACAGAUUUAAUUCUAUUUAAUUCCCUAAUUUUUCAACCUUUAACACAUGGAAAUGUCCACAGCAGAUAGUCUCUGAUGUUGAAAGGCUCUUAACCAGCUUUCUUAUUAUAACAGCAUUGCUUUAUAUUCAUCGAGGCUUGCCCAGUCCUUGCUUUGCUUUCUUAAAGGGUAACAAAGAUGAGGAUGGGUAAUGGAUGGGAACCUGCCUGAGAGCUGAUUCCCUCUCAUGCCUGAGACACAUAACACAGUAU